AUGGAAGACUUUGUGAUUUCCAAUCUUGUUCCAUUAAUAGAGGAGACAAAGCUCAAAAUCAAUGGCUGUUGCCAAGAUGAUGAGCGCCAUCAACAAUUCAAAACUCUUGAAAAUAGCAUUCUCUCAUUUACGAACAAAUUUAUUGAUUUACAAAUUCCGAUCGUGCAAUCUCUACAAAACUUGAUUGAAAGUAUCAACCACUCAUCAUCAACCCAUUCAAACCACACCACAGCCACAGUAAUACCAUCAUCUUCCAUAGAACCCUCUUCAAACGUUUCUCUACAACAAGUCUCUGUUCUUGAAACAUUGCAUCAUUGCUGUGAAAUUUUAAUGUUACGAGUUCGGAAAGAGGAUUUUUGGCAGAACCAUGAUGAUAAUGGUAAAACUAUGAGUAACACUCAAAUUCAAUCAUGUUUGUUGAACACCAUUCACAUGGAAAACAAUCCUAACAGUAAUGAAACGUCUGAACAAACACAUUUCUCGAGUCCACUUGAAAUAUCCAAUCAAGACAUUUCAUCCUCUCUCAUCAUUAUUGACACUUGUUUGUUGUAUUUCAUUCUUCAACUGCUCCUGAAUCACACUUCUCCAAAGCAACAAACAAAGAGUACUGAAAGCUCCAAAACGAAUGCCAAAACUCUCGACUCGAACAUUCAACGAUUGAAACAAUUGCUCACUGGAAAAUAUUUGCAAUUUGCACUCUUGACCUUUCUCAAAUUUAAAUUCUUGAACAAAUUGAGGUCAUUGGGGGAAGAACAAACGAUUGAAUUAUUUAAUAUGAACGAGUUAGAUUCAGAAAUUGUUGAAAAGUUAACUGUUGCUACGAAAUCGAACCAUGACACUCAACAAGUGAAAAUUUGUCUGAACAAACCAAUUCAUAUUUGUGAAUUAAUAUUUCAAUUACUGUUAGUGAUACCCAUUCAUUUGAAAGAGGAAGAAGACAUAUUCAAUACCAUGUUGAAAUAUUCUCCCACAUGUCAUGCUGAUUUGGCUGUAUGGUAUUCCAUUUCAAAGUUUCAGAAAUAUUCACAUGAAAAACAAAUGAGUCAAAUUCAAAAUUCACAGAAUUCAAUAACAUUUCCAUCAAUUCUAUUGAAGUUGAAGGAAAAGCUCUCUUCCUUUAAUUUGCGGCAUUGUAUGAAGUUAGUUCGUGGAACUUUAUUUGACAAACAAGAUGAAAUUAAGAAAGAGUUGCUAUUGAGAUGGAUUUCUGCAUGCACUAUAUUACACACCCUCUCCAAUACACAAGGAACUGAUUCAAAGCAUUUUACCGAGAUUUCAAAGCACUACUUUUCGAAUGUCAUUGAAAAUGGACAUGAAUUGUUAAAGUACCCGAGUUCGUAUCCAUCACAUUCUUUUCACUACCUAUUUCAUGGAAUAUUGAAUGCGUUACGAAAUUACAUAAUUGCACAAACAGGUGCUGGAAGCAAAUAUGCUCUAAUAGAUAGAGCUCAAUUUUUUUCAAAUAUUGACAAGUAUAUUCUUGAUAAUGACAAGAUGUCAAGUUGUGAAAAUUUUAGAACGUAUUUGGCAAUAUUGAUGAAACUUUAUUUUACUACCUCGUCAUUUUCUAGUUAUCAACGAUUGAAUGGAGCGCUUUUAAAACUACUUCAGAUGGUAAAUACAACCAAUGAUAUGAUAAGAAUACUUACCAUUACUGAAUGUGAACAGAAUAGAACAAUAGAUCAAAACAAUGCAUUCUUCACUGUUCGAAAUUCCAUCGUGUUUCAAUUAGUAUCCAACAGCACUGAGAUCAACAAGUUGGUUUCGGACUCCAUCGAUGAGGCUCGACAAUAUGAAAUUAAUGGAAAGCCAUGUGUCCAACGAUACAAACAUGUGAGUGAGAAUAUGAUUGCAAAUUCUAAACAAUUAUUCACUCAUGUACUGAAAAGCUUUGUCACUCAAUAUCAUUAUGUGUUUCCAACAAGUUUGAGAGAAAUUUUUGCAACGAUCGCAUGUGUGAAAUUGGACUUUAAGCACACAAUAACUCCACAAAGCAUGGCUACAUUGAUUUGCGAUCAUUCUUUUGCGUUAUUUUAUGUGUUUGAAGGUUAUAGAAUUAUGUGUUCCAGUGUGACCUAUAAGUACUUGUCACAAUUAACAGAUUACUGUAUCGCAUAUAUGCAACACGAUGAUAUGAGUUUUAUUGAACAAUCUAAGGAUGAACACGGUUUGUUGAAACCCAUUCCUACAUUUUCGUCGUUUGUGAGGGAAUUAUGUUACCUUAAUUCAAUAUUUGUAAAUACCUAUGGCAAACAUUUUCAUGAGCGGAAAAGCUUAAUAUGUGGCGUGAUGGAACGGAUUGUGAAAGAAGGAGGUAGUCCGUAUUUUGAUGUAGAAGUGAUCACUGUUUGUUGA